AUGAUCGCCCCGGCAGAAAUAAAGGAGUUUCUAGUUCGUCCCAUACGCCGGGCGACUGCACCGCCAGCAGCAAGCAGCCCUUCUGAGCCUGUAGGUUCUCCUUCUAUAAGUCCAACAAGGUCUCCUGUUCGGGCUCGAAGCUCAACCUUACCUCCUGCUUCCCCUCCUGUCAAGCGACAUUCGCUCAAGCGAUUCCGAAAGUUUUAUAUAAGAUCUCUAUCCAAAACUAAUUCCUACCAAGACCAAACCAUCUCAUCCGCAACUUAUUAUCGCUCCAAUGAUAUGGAGUUGAUCCGUCUGGAAACACCCCGAACACCAAGGGGUAUCGACAUGACCGAUACGCUGCUAUUAGGGUCCCCUUUACCCAACAAAGGACCCGGAAUGCCCCGGCUGAUCAGGAAUAUCUCACAAAGCAAUACCAUGAAGUCUAUAGGAUUUAUGAUUCCCAUCGCACCAAAUUUAGGAUAUUUUAGCCGCACGACCCGUGAAGAUGCGGAUAGGCACAUGCAUAAUCAGGGUUGGAAACCCUCCGACAACGCGGAAGUUAUCACAUACGAGACACCUCUGCCAUUUGACAACUUGGUGGUACUCGCUAGUAGGAUAUCGGCUCGCCGUUCGCGUCGUUCGUUGAACUCUCCACCAAAGACUUGGUUUAUACAAGCAAUGUGGGAAGGGUUGAAGCGCAUUAGAGAUAUGCGUGACAAUACCACAACUGCGGAUCAGAGGGUUCCUCAUGAAGGUGAAGGUGGUAUCCCGAAAAUGGUCGACGGGGUCAUGAAUACUUUUGGAGAUAGCCUUUUGCAUUUCCACUACAAAGUUAUGAAGAUUCAGCAGAAAUCUCCUCAUGGUAUAACUACGGUUGAAGAACGGAAGAAUAUAGUCCAACAAGAGAUAUCUGAGAGAAACGAAGAGAUUACGAGGACCCAGGCCAGCUGGCAUAUGGCAGAACAAGAAAGGGAAAAACUAAGGAGAAGAGAAAGUGAUCUUCGAAGACAAUUGAGGUUAAACGAUCCAGUCGCAUGCUAG